AUGGUGCGUGACGGAGUGCCGAUUCCUGCCAUCAUUGAAGCCACCAAUGGCGAGCUCGCGGGUGAUGUCAGGGAUGCCCUGCAGUGCAUUCGCGACGCCACAGUCAGCAACUCGCAUGGCCGCGACAUCUUCGAUGAGCACAGCUCCGACAUCAACGAUGAGCCUCUUUCGUUCGACGACCUGGUGCACGACGCGUCGGCCCUGAUUCUUACGAAGCCGAUGUGGGACGCAAUCAUGCGUUGUUCGCACGGCUACUUCGACGGCAGGGCAGUGAUGGGCGGGGGCGAGGCCCUGGACCUGGAUGGUCUUGUGAUCGUUCAGUUGAACAGUGAUGGACUCCUGGAGCCGGUGGAUGGGUCGUCGACCCCGAUUGCGGAGGCGAAGCACCUCAUUUUUCACGACGGACACGCGCACUUCGAGGCUCUCGUCUCACUCGAGGAAGUGCUUCCGGUGACCGAGGACGUAGAUGUCGCCGUCGAGGAGUGGGAGCCCCGAACCAGCACGCUUGGCGUAGAAGAGGAAUGUGUCGCCGUCCCGCUCGACGAUGUCAUCGACUAUGCCGCGGGCGGGGCAGGAGAAACUUCCUCUUCUUUGCUAUCAGCGCUCCUGUUCGCAUGUGCGAUCCUGGCGUUUCUUCGAAUCUUCGUGGUCUUCUCCCGCUACAUCGGAGACGUCGUUCGGACAUGCAUGGUUGGUAUGGAGGCGGCGGCGGAUGGUGGUGUAAGGGGGGUGGACAGACCUCCCUCCGUGAUGGGCACGACGGACAGCUACACGAGCUUCACGAUUCGCGUGCCGGACGAGUCCCUCCGGUGCAGACUCGUCCGCGGCAGGCGUUAUCGCGCCGGGACACCCGGUGGCGUGCGUCGACAGAUUUUUCGGAGGCACUUGGCAGCCCUCCACCAGGUCCUCGCCGAGAUCGAUCCGCCGCCGGAGCCACCUGUCUGUCGUUGGGCCAACAAGUCGGUCGUGGUUGGCGCGGUGUACCUCGCUGCCGCCGUAGCGGCCGCGCUUGCGUACGGUUUUGCGAUAGCUUUCGCCGUCUUCGUGGCCACGUCCAUCUGGGCUGCCGUCGCCUCCUUGUUGUUCCCCGUCGAUCACGCCCGCGCGCAAGCAGUCGGUGUCGACAAACCCCCCAUCACUCGCCUCGAGGCCGAUCGGUACUUCAUGGGUGGCCGGCACCGAGUGCCUUGUCGCAAAACUCGUCGUCGCCACGGGAGGAGGAGAGGCAACAGGGGAUAUCUCAAGAAGGUCUCCGCUUAUCACGCAGAGCCCAGUUCUGGUCGGCCCGGGCUAUGGUCCGUCCGCGGAGGAGCGGAUCCACCCGAGGUUGCCCUUGGUCGCGGGAAGCGAAAAAAGACAACCACCGAUAAAGACAAGAGUGUGUCAGCGGCAAGCUCUGUGCCUAGAGAUCAUACACAUUGGGUGGGGAAAGAAGCAGAGAUACUGGCCAACGUAAAAAAUGGACUAGAAGGGUGGGAUGAUGCGUACCUCGCAAAGUGGAAGAAGGAUCACCAGGCGGAGCGGGAAGAGGCGGAGCGCAUAUUUGGCGAGGAACAGCUGGAACAGGAGCAGAGAGAGGAGGAGGAAGCAGCAGAGAGGGAGAGGCAGGCGGAGGAGAGCGACCGGGCGUGUUGGAAAUGUGGAGAGGUGGAUCAUCGCUCGGAUGGAGACCUCAUCAUUUUGUGCGAUGGUGCCGAUUGCUCGGGCGCCAGCCAUGUUGGGUGCUGCGACCCCCCUCUCCAGGGCGUUCCCGAUGGAGAUUGGUUCUGUAGCGAGUGUGUGGCGACCGGUCGGGCCCCGGUUUCCAACCAGGAGGAUACCGAAACACUUCCUGACUUUGGUGGUGUCGAGGAGGGAUUCAUCUGUGACGCGGGGGAUGCGGCAGAUGUGGAUGAGGAAGAGGAGGAGGAUCCCACGGAUGUCGUUGUUUCGGGCCGCAACCAGCCGUCGUCGCCUUCGGUCUCUGAGGAUACCGAUGGGCAGGUUCGGAAGGCGGUGAAGCCGCGGAAGCGGAGUGGCGUGGCUCACGAAACAAGUGAGCUCUGUGAACCCAAUCCGACCCACAAGCAUUCCUCCUUACUAUGGCGCCGUGGAAAAGACGCCGUAUCGAACGUGUUGAAGCGUCUGAGCGACCAGUUCAAAACGGCCCGAACGAUGUUGGCGGAAAUCAAGAAGGCUCGCACAAAACAGGACACCAGAUCUUUGACAUACUUGCACAUCGAGAAGGCUUUGGGUGACCCGACCGGCCGGGAUUUCAGUGACGUUGUGGAAAAGCUUGAGAAAUUCGACUACAGGCUGUACGGCAUCAAGGUUAUGGGCCAGGGGGGGAGGGUCAGGAGUCGCCCAGGCCAGAAGGGAACUUUGGUGCGAGACGUCCACAGAAAGAAGACGGGGGAGGUUACGCGAUUUUUUGUGGACGAGGACACUGGGUACAACGGGUUUGAGAUCCAGUGGAAGGGCUGUGGUGGAACGUCGGUCUACAGCACGCGCGAUGUCCUUUGCGGGGCUGAGCGGUACGGGGGGAACCAGGGCGUUACUUCUCCGAAGGAUGACGACGCACGAGUUCUCUUGUUUCUUCGCGGUGUUUUGUGCAUGGUCAACGUUCAAGUUCAGAAGUACGUUAUCGAUGAUGAUCGCAAGAUCAAGAGAAGGCGUGACGCGGUAACCCUUCCCAAGGAAGUCUGCAAGAAGACACUGAGCCUCCGCAUGGACGCAUGGAAGGGCAUUCAGGCGGUGUCGCUGGCUGACACGAUGACCGAGUAUGAGGAAUCAAUUCUCGGUAAAUCGGGAGGAGGAUUGUUGGAGGAAGCGCGUCGCGAUGGGUCGCUUUUCAUGGCGCUGGGAUUGGAUCGGUAUCGUGCGACGAAUACCACCGGCUUCGUCACAAACGGGUACCGAUUUCACGACCGCCACAUGACAUUUGUCAACCACUUUGUUCGCGGAGCCCAGUCGUCGUGGAAGCUGGGGCGUCCUACCAGCGUGGAGUCGUGCAUCGCUCCUCUUUCGGCGGGGGUAGCGACCGACAAGCUUUCGGCGGGGGGAGCGGUCGAUGAGCUUUCGGAGGAAGUGGAUUUGCCAAACUACGAGACGAAGCAGACGAUCUGCACCAUCAGCCCCGAGGACGCGUCCAAGUGUGGACUGGGUACACGGUUGCUUUUGGCCAGGGCCAGGGUGUCGACUGGUCACGGUGUUUCGGAUUGCUUCAAGUGGUGGGCACACUGUCCGCUUUACAGACAGAUCGAAUUCACCCGUCCCGAGCACCUGGGUGACAUCCAACCCACGACCGAAAACACGACCAGGGUCUCCCAGACGCGACGACACCGGCCGUUUUACAAGAGCGCGGUGGAAAUCAGUUCGACGAAGGAUCAGGACCUGCGUGUUCUCAACAGCAUCUUCGAUGCGUAUGACCCGGUGGCGUCCGACAAGAGGAAUGAGGCCAACGCUCAUGAGAACAGCCUAUCUCGGCUGGGAAACGGGAGCAAGGUGGACAAAGGCCGAACUUUCAGUAUCGAGGACUGGAAAGACAAGUGCAAGUUUUUGGCCGACUUGGUGGACGAGAAUGGCAUCAAGCCCAUCAUGGCCAAAAUCGGGGACGCCGUUCGGCGGAAGGAAGUGAUCGAGAUGUGCUUGGACGUGCUUCACGACGGCGGGGGGGCUACCAUCGGGAAGCGCGAUGACGAGAGGCACCUGUAUCCCGAGAAGUACGAGGAACAGAUCGACGAGGUGGUCGGCGUUUUGGCGAAGGCGGGGGUUUCCACCGAAGACCUGGAGCGGUUCAGCUGCGCCCUCCACAUCCUCGACUCGCUCACGUCAGCUUGCCUUCGGCCUCAAGAUUCGCUAGGGUGUCUGGCGUGCAAGGCGUACGUGAAGAAUGGCCGAUUGGUGUUUGUCCUCCCACCGGUCGGAAAAAACUCCAGGACCCUGGUCAAGAGCGUAAUUGGGAUGGUGGUGAACCACGCAAAGGAUGAGCGGACGACAGGUCCGUUUGCGGUGAUGCUCGUGAUCGGGCGACGGUUGAUGACAAUGCACCUCCAAGAAAACUACAAAGCGGCGUGUGCCGAACAACAGCUGGCGCGUGAGCAACAGAGAGAUGCAGAGGGCCGACUCUCGAAGGCGAUAGAUUCAGAUGAGUUCAGCGAAGACGACGCGCGUAGAGACCUUGCUGCCGCGAGCGACUCUCUCAAGAGAGCCGAUAAAGAGGUUCAACAUUACGCACCCAGAGAUUCAGAGAAGGCUGACCAGGAGGAUAGGGUGAGAAAUCGCCGUCGUAGGCAAGCGAGGGUUUUACAGUUUGCCGAGCUUGGUGACAAGGCAGCUCCGUUCACCAAGUACGGAAAAAACUACAACGACGGUCAGCUGCGCAGCAUGUAUCUCCACGUGGGGAAGUAUGCUUUGGGCUUACCAGCGUUCGGGCCGAAUAUCCUCCGUACGAUUCAUGUCACGACCGUUAUGACGGUCUGUUAUACGCUGGGAAUCCCUCAAUCGGAUGACAGGGUGUUGAACCACUUUGCGCUGGCUAGGCACGGGGAGUACGAGAUGAGAAAAGCGUACAACUUGGCAAAAAGUGACAACGUGAAUGAUGAUCCCAGUUCCUUCAGUAGGCAGAUAUCUGGUAUCAUUAGUGCGCAGGAGCUGAACAACCGUUCAUGUUUGAGCGACAAGGAUGCGAUACGUGACCAGCAGCACGACGCUCUGAACACGUGGAUUGGUGAUUCUUUGUUCGACGGGAACAAACCCGAGCCGACUGACGGUGUUGUAGAAAAGCUGAUGCGUGAGAUACUUGCACAGAAUCGAGAGAUUUUGAUGCAGAGCAGAGGAAUCUCAACUGAAAACAUUCGGGGAGACGAUGAGACGAAAGAGCUUCAGAAGCAACUUGGGAAAGAGGAACUUAAGUUCAAAAUAGUCAAAAUGCAAGUCGAGAGGCAAGAGAUUGAACGAAAGCAUGGGCUUAGUGCGAGCGCGGGGUCGGGUUCGGUGGUAAGUGACAAGCGCUCUUCUGUCCAACCCUCUUGUGACAAGGGAGAUGCGUCGUGUAAGGGUGUCGAGAGCAUAGACGAGGCCAGUCAGCCCCCAAGAAAGCGGAUGAAGAGGGGUACAUUUUCGGUCGACCUUAUGCCUCUCUUGCUGCGGAUGAAUGCGCUUUUCAACGAGAAGGUUGUCGAGAUGAAAUUGGUUCCGGGUAAGUCAUAUCCGCGACGCACAUUGGAGAAUUGCAUGUACCAUGUUUCUACGUUUGGCGGAUUGUGUAAGGAUCAGGUCAGAGAGUACAUGGUGGCGCACGUUGGGGAGGACGAUUCCAGUCGUAGCGAUGUGCUUCAAUUCUACGAACUGUUUCCCAUAAGAAAGAAAGAGAAAAUGGUCAGGGAUAUUGUUGGGAGGCAGAAGCAGGAGGGAAGAAGCGAGUGGUCCUAUUGGUUUUGCAAGGGUUGCAAGAAAGUAGAGUGCGUGUGCGACAGCCAGAAUAUGUGA